CUUCACUGACGUUACUCGAUUUACCAAACGCAAGGACUUGUAUUUCGGUUUAGAGUGUCUGUCUUUAACGCGACACACGCACCUCGUCUCGCUGUGACCCAUAAGCGUAGCUUGUUUUUUGAUGGGGGAAUUGGAGCAGAGUGCAUCAGCAGCAGCAGUUUCAGUAUCAACACAGUGACUAUGGACAGUCUGUCCAGCCACAGCUCGUACCUGCUGCAGCAGCUCCAGGAGCAGAGGAUCCAGGGUCUGCUGUGUGACUGCAUGCUGGUGGUCAAAGGGGUCUGCUUCAAAGCCCACAAAAAUGUCCUGGCUGCUUUCAGCUCCUACUUCAGGACUCUCUUCCAAAAUUCCCCCAGUCAGAAGAAUGAGGUGUUCAACUUGGUUAUCCAGGAUGUCAGUGGCAUUGGCCAGAUAUUGGACUACAUGUACACCUCCCACCUUGAUAUCAACCAGGAUAAUGUACAAGCGCUCCUGGAUAUCGCCCAGUGUCUGCAGGUCCCAAACGUGCAGAACAUGUGUAACCUUUUCCUCAAGCCUUGUCCUCCACCAGUGGAAAUACAACCGUUUACUCUCCCAGGCAUGCUGGGCACUGAGCACGACUGCCUCUUGGGGAGCAGUCUUCCUCACGACGUUGACCUCCACGGUCCCAGCAGUGACACGGACCACACCAAGAGGGCGCCAUUUUCUCUGUCUACCAGCAGCUCCAGCUGUGACACAGCGAGCAACAUUCAGGCGCCUGCAGAAAAACAGUUAGUCCAUGGCUACAAACUCCGGAACUUCUACAGCAAACAGUACUUCAAACAGACUGCACUUGAGACUAAUAGUGCGUCCUCAAACCAAUGCCCAGGUCCUUUGGUGGUGGUGGAAGAGCAGCAGUGUCAGCUUGGGGUCAGCCAGGGACUUAACAACGCACCUGUAGUUCAGCCUCAUCCACCCAGUGCAUCUGUGGCCGUGGAAAAGAACCCCGUCUCCUCUUUAAUGCCAUCAGAAAAUCUGAACACUAUCAACUCUGACUCAGCGGAUUCCAUGCUCAACAGGCCAGUCCGCCCAAAGAAGGCUGUUUACCUGAAAAAAUACAACUACCUGAGGUCUCAGAAAGCUCUGGAGGAGAUGUGUGCUGAGUCUGUGAGCGAACCCGUCCUUAGCUGUCCCAGAGAGAGUCACCGGGAGGAGGCUGUGGUCCAGACUGAAACCUCAGAGGCUCCGGUUAAAAGCGCUGCCGCAGAGGAGGAGAAAGUUCCAGAGACUGAGACGGCUCCGCAACAUCCCAGUCCUCCACCUGUGACCAAGGAAGAGCAAAGUCUGAAGCCACAGCCACACACAGGACACAAACAAUACUCUUGUGAUGUGUGUGGGAAGAUUUUCAAGCACCCGAGCAACCUGGAGCUACACAAGCGCUCACAUACUGGUGAGAAGCCCUUUCAGUGUAACGUUUGUGGAAGAAACUUCUCACAGGCUGGAAAUUUACAGACUCAUUUGCGGCGACACUCUGGAGAGAAACCGUACAUCUGUGAGUUAUGUGGUAAAAGUUUUACAGCAUCAGGAGACGUUCACCGUCACAAAGUUGUGCACACUGGAGAGAGGCCACAUCUGUGUGAUAUAUGUGGUCGAGGAUUUAACAAUUUAAGCAAUCUGAAGGAACACAAGAGGACUCAUGCUACAGACAAGACAUUCACCUGUGACCAGUGUGGAAAAUCCUUCAACACGCACAGAAAGCUUCUGAAGCACAAGACUCGACACACCGGAGAGAAACCACACAUCUGUGCCACAUGUGGAAAGUGCUUCGCAGGCUCAGGUGACCUGCAACGUCACAUACGCACUCACACCGGCGAGAAACCAUACAUCUGUAACGCCUGCGGUCGGACCUUCAGCCGCUCAGCCAUGUUGAGGAAACACAGCACCAGGCACUGCAAGGGAGCGCCGGCCGACAGCCCGACUGCCAACACGGAAGAGCAGAUGCAUCGCUCAGACGGAGCAGUGUCGUUCUCUAAAGCCGUCAGCCACAGUAAAUCUUCUGCCUCCACCAGUGGGCAGCAAUUCCCCAGUACAAUGUCCCACUCAGGACUGGAGAAACCCUCACAGUCACCACCCACACCUUCACCUUCUCCCACUAUGCACCUCAGCCCGGCCUCUACCCCUCCCUCCCUCCCAGAGCUCCGCUCCCUGGUCCCACAUCAUCUCCUCUCCUCCAACCACCAGGAGAAAAGUGACCACACCAAGCUGACCAAGCAGCAGCUGUGUCAGGAGGCCGUGUAUGGUCCGUACGUGGAGAAUGGGAGUAUGUCAGUGGAGAUGGGUAGAGGUGUGGUGGGGAGGUCCUACCUGCCUCCCACAGACAAUCACUGUAGUUCACUGACAUCCUCUAACAGGCCUAACAGUGGUCAGUCCUACAGGUCCAGUGAUGGUCAGUUUAUCUCCAGUGUGACUCUGUGGGGCCUGGCAAUGAAAACGCUGCAGAAUGACAAUGACAUGGAGCAGUAAUAAAAGACCAGCAAUAGAUAAUAAUAGUGUUUGAUAUAGAAUUUUACCACAUUGCUCUUGAUUUUAUAAAUCUGUUUUUUUUUUAAUGAAAAUGGCAGCUUGAAUAUUAAAUGGUAAAUGGUCUGUAUUUAUUUAGUGCUUUUCUGACCAUUCAACGUUGUGUGAAUGUAUUCUGAGCCAAACGGUUCAAAUCUAAAUCGAUUCCCAUUCAUUGACAGUUCACACCUCCAUCAACAACAACAGAAAACAUCAUAUUUGUGAGUCCACUCAGAACUGGCAGCAGAUAUAUGAGGGACAGUUCAGAUGUGACACUCGUAUUGCACGGCCACGUUCAGAUUCCAGUAUUUCCGGGUGAUGUGACCCAGAUCUGAAUUUUAGACACCGGUAUCCCAACAACUGUGACCAUAUUUUCAUACAUCAGCAUAUUUUCAAAGACAUCAUUCACCACAUUCACUAAAAAUAGUGAUGAGUUUAGUAUAAAUCAUAAUGUUCACUGUGUAACAAAUCAGCCUCAGAUGAGUUUGUAAUGGAGAGACGACAUCUGAACAACAGUGGAAACUCUUUUGUGCCUACAGAGGGAGCUAGAGCUCUAUAUUACACAAACAAGGACAUCUGUUUUAGUGCGUCUCAGACACUGUAACCUCACAGGUGACGUUUGUUAUGAAACUAAUCAAUGGCAUCACUUUAUUUAUCUAACAGAACAUUAUGUGUGUGAGCUCUGAGCCGCUGCAGGUGAACACAUGAACAUCUUGUUUGUUGUCGAGUGUGAGUUUGAUUCAGUGAACUCUGUUUAAUGUGAGGAAAACGCACUCAGAUAAUUGGCUGUCAUUGUUUCAGCCUCUGUUAGCCUUUGCCUGCUGGAUUAGUUGCCUAGCAACCCAUUGCACAAGUCUGUUAUCGUCUCGCUGUUACCACUUUAUUCCUCUUUUCUUUCGCUCCUUUUACACUCAAGAAUGUAGAGGGUCAAUUUUUUUUCAAGGAAAAUUUCAAUUUCUCUCUCAGGACAUGGAGGUACUUGAUAUCAGCAACUUUUUUAAUAACUGUGGGAUUAUGGUGUUUUGAUGAUCAGUAUCUAAAGUUAGAUGCUGUGUACAACUGUGCUUUGCCUUUUAUUACUGAGUUUGUAAAAAAAUGAAAUUGGCCAGAUUUUUACCUGGUUAGAUAAAGGGUAUAUUACAGUACAUGUGUAUAGACUUGGAGUUUUUUUUAUUUGAAGCAGUAGACAGUAGUCCGUCAUC